AUGCCAUAUAGCCUAACCAUUCCGAUACUGGGAUUAAGGUCGUCAGGAUUUGGGCAUUUGACGAUGUAGAAACCAUUCUGGAGAGUGGAACGUGGUUUCAGUUUGUACAGAAUGGCAUUACGACAAUCAACGAUGAACCGAAACUCGAUACAGUCGUCACGGUUCAUAUCCCUGACGAAUAAGUGGAACCCGUACCCAAACCACCGGCAGUUUCUCGACUCGGGUGCUUGCGUCUGUGUGACUACUCCGCCGCGUAACACUCUUUCCAAUUACCAUGGUAAGCCGCUAACGUACUAUAUACACAAACCUAUUGCGACAUGGCACGCUACUAUAGCUGCCUUUAUUGCGUCCUUCGAUCCGUUGAACUACAUUGUCUCCGCCGGAACAUCUGGACUCCAACGGACUGUCCGACGCUGUAGUUUACACCAACAGCUUCACCUACGCCCUCUGUCCAAAACAAAAUCAACUCGAGUCUUGCGUAGAUCCAGCAAUCGGCUCAGUCUGCUAACGCCGGUAAUGGACGCUACCAACAUGACGACAAAUUUUCAGCUCGCUUUCGGACAGUUUGUAAAUAUUACUGAAAUCUAUUGCAGUGGGCAACAGCGUUGGGUUGGCAAGCAUUAUACAGACUUUAUGCAGUGCCAGUGGGGCUCCAUUGGCAUUACCCAGCUAAGCGCUACCAUCCAAUCAGACAGAACCAACUCCUCGACAGAGACGGGGGAGUCGUCUAAUGAUGGUUACUCCAUGUAAUCCCGGCUGGCAACUAAAUGGGUCCUGUCAGGUUCUGUCUGCAAACCUUCAAGCAAGCGGAAUAUAAUCCAGCCUUGAGACAUACGCAUCUGGAUUGAUCAACCUGGCUUGUUAUGCUGCGUAGUUUCUCACCCUCACGCGAGUGUCGUGAGGCUCAGGUGGACUCGGACGCGCUUCCAAUGAUUGAAACCCGCUGGAAUCCAUCACACAGAUCCAGGCGAUGAAUAUAUUACCCAAGAGGCCGAACUGACAAGAAGGCACGACUGUCUUCCUUCAUUCAAGGUCUGACUACGGGAGACUAAUCGCAAACAUAUUUUCUGUUACCCAGGUCGCCCUUUCGAUCGUGAA